AUGCAGGCUCUCCACCGCAAAGUCCAUGUGCGGGUUCGCCCACGGAUCACCUUCUCUGGUGCAAAUCAAGAUAAAAACCCUAUGAUUCCUGGGUUUAAUUUACAUUUGAAUCGCACAACAAGCAUGACAACGACAGUGACGACGACUGUUCGCCAUGGCCCUACCGAGUCUGCGUGCGAAGUCGGCGGAUGGCGCUUCUCCUGCCACAAAGCGCCAGCGAUGAGCUCAGCGCAGCGCGAGGAGCUGGUUUCGGAACUUGGCCUUCGCCCCGCGAUCCCCCUGCCCGAGGUCGUGUUCGCCGACAGCACCCUCCAGAUUGAUCACCCCGCUCGCGGUUUGACGAUCCACUUUGAUGCUAAGGAGGCACUGCAUACGUGGAUGCUGGACCACAAACAAGAAGCCGAUCAAUGGGAACCAUCAUCAUUUGACUUCACAUACAGUACAACCUAUGCCGGGACCGUCGCGCAAAAGCGGUGUUCGUUGAAGAUCACUAAAACUUCGGAUACGCUACCUCUGGACAAAUUGCAGCAGCAAGUGGCCAUUCUGUUCUACGAACGUGUCCUGCUUUUCGAAGAUGACAUUCGAGACUUGGGCGAAAUUUACGUCGAAGUUCGAGUGCGAGUGAUGGAGUUCGGGUUCUUGCUCUUGUCCAGAUAUUACUGCCGCAUCGACGAGAAGCAAACUCUGAAAUUGCAAGACACCCGCUAUUACCACGAGUUCGGCGAUAAUUUCGUGUGGAGAGACCAUGAGACCCGUGAAUCAACCAUCGGCGGCAUCAAGCGGAUGCUGAAAGCAAGGUAUCAAGACGAAGAGGAUACACCCUUACAUCUUUCAGGUGACGUCGUGUACGGAUUGUUGAAGCCGACCACCACGACUACGGAGAAAAUUCACCUCUUCGCUUCCAGCUAG